UUGUUGUUGUUAGGAGCAGAUAAUAUAUAAAUAUAAACAUAUAUGUAUAUUCGAGGCUUACCCUCUUCAACAUGCAGUAUCUUUGUGGCUAAGAAGAUCGUCAUAAUCUGAGAAAGACUUUGGAUUAAUAGCGAACAUGGACUAUUAAUGGGAUCUUGUGAAAUAGUGUGUGAAUAAAAGAUGAGACUAGAUGGCAGGAAUACUUCAAGCUAGCUUCACAUAAUUAUCAGAAACAAUAACUAGGUUCUCAGUUAAUUCCUCGCCAGAUUUACCAGUUAUCUCAGGACAUAUUGAACGUCAUAUUGCUUUAAGAUCUGAUAUGAAGCCAUUGAAGAUGAGUCCUGUGCCAGUAAGCCCAUGCUGUUCUUUUCAAACCACUCCAACGACAACCUUCCAGAAUACGUCUACGCCUCCAUAUCCGCACCUYGGUGAGUUCAACUACCUUAUAUAUGGUCUGGUAAUGUCAUUCAUUCUGUUUCUGGGAUUCUUUGGCAACGUGUUGACCAUCAUUGUGCUACGACAGAAAGAACAUCGCAAGAAGAUGAUCGUACCGUUCAUUAUCAAUCUCGCUGCAGCGGAUGUCUUUAUCGUGGUUUUUGGAUACCCCAUCGCUGUGUCAUCUAUCUUGUCCAAAGACUUUAUAACAUUAGAAAGAACACGGUGCAAGUGGUCAGCAUUCGUAAACAGUUCCAUAGGUAUUGCCUCCAUCAUUACUUUCACAGUAAUGAGUAUCCUAAUGUGUCACUCCGUCACCAACAAGAAAACAACACGAAGACAUUUUUCGAAUAAGACCUAUGUGGUCAUGAUGCUGGCAAUCUGGGGCUACGGGAUUCUCACAUCUUGCCCACCAUUGUUAGGAUGGAGUACAUUUGUUCCCGGAUUUGGCGGGAUAAGUUGUGGUCCAAAGUGGGCGUCUAACCAGCUAGAAGAUCGUGCGUAUAACGCGUUUUUGGUCUUUACUGGAUUUGUCCUGCCCUURAUCAUAAUCAUCACAUGUUACUCCAAAAUCUUUAGGGUUCUGCGUAUAAAGGAUUACUCCAGUAAGUCUAACAAGCUCAGGGAAGCUUGGCAAAGAUCUCAGAAGAAAAUUGUCCAAAUGAUUGGCUUUUCUGUAGCAGCAUUUAUUUUCAGCUGGACACCAUAUUGUAUAGUGAGUGUUGUGUCAGCUAUCAAAGGAAAAAAUGACCUGUCACCCUUAGAAGCCGAGAUACCUGAGCUGAUGGCUAAAGCGUCUGUUAUUUACAAUCCUUUUGUAUAUACUAUGAUGAAUGCAAGGUUUAGACGGUCCCUUAAAAUACUUGUUUUCCGAAGCUUGAAAAUUGAGCAAAGGGAAGAGAACUCGAUAUGAUUUGUAUGAGUGUGUGAGGAGAUGGAGUUUGGAACUAAGUAUUGUUGGAUAACACUGAUGAAGUAGCGUCAUUUUAUAAUCAGCACCAAAAUGCUUUACGAAUUUUUGUUUCUUAUUCAAAUCUGCAUUCCCUCAUGAGAAUAGUAAGACAUCUGUCGCUAAUUAACUGAAAAGAAAGUGUGCAAGGGAUUCUGGGAGUGGUAGUAAAUGAAGGUAUGAUGCAGGUGGCCUAUUUAGUAGAGGAAGAUGAGUUCAAUUAAAUGACGUCAUUAGGCAACUUAAAUUGACUAAUAAGCUAAAAUAAUUAACCUAUGAAUAUCGUCUAAUUUGUUAUCCCGAGCUAUAAACAGUCAGUAGCUCAUUAAACCUGUGCUAAUAGGUCACGUGGACAUUACCCGUUCAAAGUCUAAUAUUAAUUCUUAUGAUAAUAUUAUUUCAGCGUCGAGUCAAUUUUGUACAUAUUUACAAAAAAUAUCUACUAUAAAAACAAUGAAAUGAUGUAAAGUGAGUAAGUAUCCCAUGACAACCUUUCUUUCCGCCGCCAUUUUGUCUACUGUACACGCGUAAAAGGCUUUGAAUUUGAAGCACUUACCUCUUCUCACGAUCCAACCGCUGCUCCAAGAACAACAGGCUCUAACUGACGUCAUUAUUGGUUAGUACUCUGAUUGGUUGAUUAUUUGUUAAUACUCUGAUUGGUUGAGCGUAUUCUCGAGGCGCAUUCCUAUCGAUCAUGAAUGAUCGCAAGCAACGCAAUCCAUGAAUGGCGAAACUUAUCGAGGAGGACUAGGUUUGAGAACACAUAGACACAGGAAACCCAAGCUGAAGAACUUGGGCGACCUGUGUUUUUU